CCCGGAGUGGAGAUGGCCGCGCUUGCUCCUCUGCCCCCGCUCCCGCCGCAGUUUAAGAGCAUACAGCAUCAUCUGAGGACCGCUCAGGAGCAUGACAAGCGGGACCCUGUCGUGGCCUAUUACUGUCGUUUAUAUGCAAUGCAAACUGGAAUGAAGAUUGAUAGUAAAACUCCUGAAUGUCGUAAAUUUUUAUCAAAGCUAAUGGAUCAGUUAGAAGCUCUUAAGAAACAGUUGGGUGAUAAUGAAGCUGUUACUCAAGAAGUAGUUGGUUGUGCCCAUUUGGAGAAUUAUGCUUUGAAAAUGUUUUUGUAUGCAGAUAACGAAGACCGGGCUGCACGAUUUCACAAAAACAUGAUCAAGUCUUUCUAUACUGCAAGUCUUUUAAUAGAUGUCAUAACAGUGUUUGGAGAACUCACUGAUGAAAAUGUGAGACACAGAAAGUAUGCAAGGUGGAAGGCAACGUAUAUCCAUAAUUGUUUAAAGAAUGGAGAAACUCCUCAGGCAGGGCCUGUUGGACUUGAAGAAGAUAAUGAUGUUGAGGAAAAUGAAGAUGUUGGAGCAACCUCUCUGCCCACUCAAUCACCUCAGCCAUCAUCUUCAACUUUCGACCCUGGCAACAUGCCAUCAAGUAACUAUACUGGAAUACAGAUUCCUCCCGGUGCACACGCGCCAGCCAAUACACCAGCAGAAGUGCCUCAUAGCACAGGUGUAACAAGUAAUACUAUCCAACCUACUCCACAAACUAUUCCGGCCAUCGAUCCUGCACUUUUCAACACAGUUUCCCAGGGGGAUCUCUGUCUAACUCCCGAGGACUUUGCGAGAGCUCAGAAAUACUGCAAAUACGCUGGCAGUGCCCUGCAGUACGAGGAUGUGAGCACCGCUGUGCAGAACCUACAGAAGGCCCUCAGGUUACUGACGACGGGCAGAGAGUAAGGCCUUUGUGCGGCAGAUUCCUGCAUUUCUGGCUUAAAGAACUAACAGUCCACUACUCUAUCUGCAGCCUAUCGGGAGCACAGAUGUAGGGAAGUCUUCCGUCCCAUUGACUCUGACAAUGAAAUCUGUGUCUGUACCAGAUUCCUGCUGAAGCAUUCAGCGGCAGUCUCAACCAGUUUUCAUUGCCUGUAGUGGGCCCAGUAAUCUCUGGAUAAAUAGGGCUGAUGUUAGCAAGAUUCUAAAAACGCCCACUGAACCCUCCUUCAAAAAACGAAAAUACAGUUCUAUAAGAUGUAUUGGGAAUAAGCUUUGUAUCUUAAUUUACAUAAUUUAAGGAAUAUUUUAAUUUAUAAUUUGGACAAACAGAUCAUAGUACUUUGCUAUAAAAUUCUAAACUUAACUUUUAAUAAAGAUUGCCAGAAUAUUCCAGAUUAGAGAUCAUGUUUUUUCUUUUCCUCAGAAUUUAUAAAACAAGUAUGAACAUCCGAAACUGUUGGAUGAAUCUGAAAGAGAUUAUGUUCAAAAUUCAAUUUAUGUUCAUGUUAAAAGUUAAAAUUUUCAUGGAGAAGAAGUAAGGUAAAGAGGUAGAAUCACUUUUAAACUUAGGAAGACGUUGGUUUCCCAGCCGCUUUCCCUUAUCCAUUGACAUUUAAGGUGAAUUGGUAUGUGCUUCAUAGGCAGCUUGGCUGCAUGUGUUAGAGAAUGAAAAACAGUUGUAGCGAUGCCUGGAAACCCGGUGCUUUGAGGUAGGGUUCUCCUCUGCUGCUAUGGAAUGGACUCUAGAGUGUAGCUAUGAAUGAUGCCGAAGCUUGUAAGAACUUAGAUUCUCAGUUGUUAGGUUUAUAAGUUUUGUGGGGAAUUUUGGACUUAAUGUGUCACCUGCAUUUGUGCUGUGUAAAAAAAUAAAUACAAGGAUUCUUUUCACUGGUUCAACUUACUACAGAGCCAAAUGUCUGUUUUGAUUUGCAUGCUAGAAUUGUCAUUUUUUAUGUCAUUAUUUUUAGUUACAGGAAUAUAUUUCUGUAGUAAGACACAAUUUUCUUUUAAAAAGGCAAAUUUGGCAGAUUUACCUGUAAUUUAUCUGGUCCAUUUGAUUCCACUAAGAUUAAAGUACUUUAACCUAUGGGUCAGCAAACUAUGGUCCAUGGCUUGGCCACCUGUUGUUCAAAUAAAGUUUUAUUGAAUCAAAAGUAUACCUGUUCUUUUGUUUUAUCUUUUGUUUUAUCUUGUGUUUGCUUUCCACGACUGCAGAAUUGUAUUUCCCACAACUCUAAAAUAUUUACUCUCUGGCCCCCUAGAAAAAGUUUGCUGACCCCUGAUCUUUGUCUGAAAGAAAAUGAAUUAUUAACUCAUAAUCAUUUGUGUCUCAGUUUUUCGUUACAUAAGUGUAAUGUUGUUGUAUAGGUUUGAUAGAAUGAGUAUUCAGACAGAAUAAACUGUUCUAAAUUACUGAAAAA